AAUUUACUCGUUUGACCGCUCAAUAACUUCGAUAAUAUGUUGAUGAGCGGAACAUAAUGUACACUAGAUCUUGGCGCCUGCUCGUAGUGUACCGGUACUGCUAGUUCCACUUGAAACUGUGGCCAUCUUGCAUUAUCAAACUCUUCAACAAGUGUGAUAACAGCACAUGAUACAUUGAUACAUUGCUCGCUCCCGGCUACAAUGCCGAAGAGGAAAUCGUCUGCACCUGCGAGGGCGUCUCUAGGGAAGCGACAGGCGAUGUCGUGGAACCUGCACAUAGCAGCCGGCACCGGCGCAGCCGCCACCCAGCCUGCUGACCUCAUCGUCAUCGACGACAGCGAUGACGACGGUCUCCCCGGCGACGACGGUCUCCCCGGCGACGACCGCUGCCAGCCGCUAGUCAGGAAGGAGCAGACGACGGUUGCCUGGGAUAAAUCGCAGCAGACGACGGUUGCCUGGGAUAAAUCGCUGCAGAUGCCGGUUGCCGGGGAUAAAUCGCAGCAGAUGACGGUUGCUGGGGAUAAAUCGCAGCAGAUGACAGUUGCCAGGGAUAAAUUUGCCGGGGCGCAGCAGACAAGGGAUGAGCACUGCACGCCUCUACAGGGAAACUUCCCAACAUUCGACGAGCUCCUGGGUGAAUGCUCUUUCUACGUGAAGCUGACCAUAGAGGGCAGCACCGCGCUGCCGUACCGCAUCGGUAGCUUCUCGCUGCGGCUGUUGUCAUGGCGACCGGGCGCGUCUGCGCGUGUGUGCAUGGGCGAGAUGUGGCUGUAUGUUAAUGAGGGAGACUCCACACGCUGCAUGCUGUACGGUGAGGGUGACCACGCGGGGGCGCCACCGUGGUACCACGUCGCGGAGCUGCCGUCGGCUCCCGCUGACCUCGUCGCCGUGACAACGAGCAUGCCCGCUGACCUCUUCGCCGGCUUCCGCGCGCAGCGCAGCCCCACGCUGAGUGUCGUUGCCGUCGACGACGCGACGGGCAUGCUCGUUGUCACGACGACGGUGAGCGAUGCGGCGUUUGUCCAACCCAGCUUCCCGAGCGAGGUCGUGGGUCGUGCGGGCGGGCCGGGGCCGUCGGCACGACGACGGGUCACCAAUCACCUGCUGCGGCUGGACUGCGAAGACUUUCUCGUGAACGCCCCGCGCAGCAGCAGACUCGAUCUUACCUCCUUCUAUGCACAUCUGGACACCGAGCGACGAGGCACACUACAGUCUGAGAGCGUUGCCGUGGAAACGCAGCAUCCCGCGCUGCGACCUGUACUGAGGAGCUACCAGCGCGAUGCCGUGGCGUGGAUGCUCAGCCGAGAGCGAAGUCUGGGAAACCAAGGAUCGCAGGGACAGGGUGAUGUUCCGCCUCCGCUUCAUCCGCUUUACACGGAGGUCACGACCUUAGAUGGGCGCCGGAUCUUCUAUAACAAGUACAUAGGCUGGUUUGUGAAGGAGAGACCCGUCACGAUAGCAGAGACCCCUGGUGGCAUCCUGGCUGAUGAGAUGGGUCUGGGUAAGACUGUGGAGGUGCUAGCCUGCAUCCUGCUGCACCCCCGUGUAAACCAGGGCCACGCCCCGCUCACGGAUGCAGCCUCGCUAACGAACCACGCCCCGCUCACGGAUGCAGCCUCGCUAACGAACCACGCCCCGCUCACGGAUGCUGCCUCGCUAACGAACCACACGCCAACCAACGAUGCAGCCAACAUUCGAAAGGAAAAAAUAACAGACGCUGGAGGCUGCGGCUCGGUUGCUGUCGACGAUGCCGUGGCAGACGUCGUGGCUCGGCUUAAGGAGGCCGUCGCAAACCUGAUCCCGAACGGAUGCACGAAGUCACGUGACGCACAGCACAAUCCUCUCUCGAGCAGCAGUUGUCAUGACAACAGACAAAUGGAAGAAGAGGGUUCGUUGAAGUCGUUCGAUGUACCGAAUGCCAAAGUGUCCAAUCAGAAGAGAGGAAACUCACAGCGACCCGAGAAAUGUGCUGUUACUAUGAAAACUGAGAAAACCGAAGAGAACAGAGUCAAGGAGGAAGCUGGAAAUCUAGUGGGAAAACCGACAAGUAAAAAAAUGCAGACUGAUCUAGAAAACAAUCAGAGAAAAGUGCUAGGCAAUUUCUUCAAAACAAACCCCAUCGGUGAGAAACCCUACUUUGAGUGUACGUGUGGAGGGCAGGAGGCGGGGGAGGCGGCCGCUGUGCAGUGUGGCAGGUGUGGACUAUGGCAGCAUGCAGACUGUGUGAACUACGAUGCGAGCCUGAUGGGAGCGAGGGUUAUGAUAGAGGGAGUUGUGUUAUAA